AUGAGCGUCCCUUCCGAGCCAGACAUCGCCGACCUGCACACAAAGAUGAUGCAGUUGACUGUAAGUGGGGGCACAGGUGGACAUGGAGGGCCCGCCGAGGGCAGGGGGGGAAACGGGGGCACAGGGCAGGGCAACACACUGUCUAUCAGAGCAGACUCGGUGCACAUCGCAAGCCUGAGCAGCCCCGCCAACGGCCCCACCAGUGGCACCAUCGGUGAGCCUGCAGAUGAAUAG